AUGGCGUCGGUCGCAGUCAAGGCCGCAGCGGCGGCGCCGCAUAAGCUGCAUCUCGUGCGGCUCGUGCGCAGCCCAAUUCGCAAUCCCGAAUCCAUCCGCAACACCCUGAAGGCUCUUGGUCUACAUCGCCGCAACCAGACGGUCAUCCACAAGAAUACCUCAGCCGUCAAUGGCCAGCUCGCCAAGGUGCUGCACCUUGUCGACGUGCGUCCCGUUGUCUUUGACGCCGCGGCCUCGCGAAUCCCAGGUGCUCCGCUUGUCGGUGAUGACGGCGUUGUGCGCGGCUUCACCGAAGAACAGCUCAUGCAAUCGGCCGAGCGUAUCAUCUCCCAAACCACACCUACCCAGCAACAGUAGUGGUGUGAGUUGUGAGGCGAGAUGCCAGGCCUUGAAAGGCCAGGUCAAGCGAUAGCCGUACCGCCGACAUCAUGGUCUUUGCCAUGGCUCGGGCUUGCGCUCGCACUUAUAGCUAACCCUAGCACCAACGAUUUCCUCUUUCAUCCUCCUUGUUGGGCGCGAACAGCGUUCACCCUCGUUUCCUCAAACGCUUGCUGAGACAUGUGAAGAAAAAGCACCGUUGUGCAUGCUCCCUGACCCUUCCCCAAACUAAUGUGGCUUCUAUUGCCACCAAUCCCGGCAUUGCUCCUCGCUCCAUGCACCCGCAGUGUUUGACUGGGUGAGGUGAACCAUGCUUCGAGUGCGCUUCACGAAUUGCCGUGCAAUCGAUGCAAGACAUUC